AAACCUAAAGAAGGAGAGAAGAAGGAGGGUGAGAAAGAAGGCGAAAAGAAAGACGAGAAGAAGGAAGGUGAGAAGAAAGAGGAAGAAAAGAAAGAGGGAGAGAAGAAGGAAGAGGGAUCGAAGCCUGACGAAAAGAAGGAGGAGAAGAAAGAGGGAGAAGAGAAAAAAGAAGGAGAGAAGAAAGAGGGAGAAGAAAAGGAGCUCAAAUUGGAUCCCACUAUGGCAUCCGCUGAUGAUGAGGUUCUAAAAGUGACAAACGAAAACGAUAAGAAGCAAGCGCUCAAGAUCAAAUGUUCCAACAAUACUUUAUUCAAAGUGAAUCCAGUAUUCGCAAUGAUCGAUGCAGGAAAAGAUCUUGAGAUUGUUGUGACUCGCAAAGCCGGUGAACUAAAAGCCGAGAAACUGCUGAUACUAACAACUCCGUUCGACGGUACCGAAGCGGAGAAGGCAUAUGAAGAUAAGGAGCUCGUACCUGCGUGUGCGACCGUUCCAAUGGUCCCAAAGUAG